GUGGGAACUAUCUUUAUAUUUACAGAGUCUACUUACCAGCUACUAGUUACUGUCUCGAGCAUGUCCACCCCCUUCAUCAAGCAGCUCGCGGCACAUGAACGCAAGACGCGCGAUGCAGCCGUCGCCAGUCUCACCCAGUAUCUCACCGCAAACCGCGCCUUCACCGAGCUAGAGCUCCUUAAACUAUGGAAGGGCCUCUACUACUGCUUCUGGCACUCUGAUCGCGUCCUCGUGCAGCAGCAGCUCGCAGGCCAGCUCGCGGGGAUCGUGCAAGGUCUCAAGUACCAGAAUAUCCUGGUCUUCCUGAGUGCUUUUUGGAAGACCAUGAUGCGGGAGUGGCCCACACUCGACGCACUCCGUCUAGAUAAAUUCUACACCUUGCUUCGGCGCUUCAUUGAGGCAGGAUUCAAGAAGUGUGCGCAGCUUGCGUGGGAGCAACCGCUGACGGAGGGGUAUAUGGUCUUACUGGAAGAAGGCCCACUCGCAGCAGCCGAUCGCAAAGUGCCGCUAGGCAUUCAGUAUCACAUCAUUGACAUUUACCUCGAGGAGCUCGAUAAAGUAUUGCCACCAUUGAGCAAAGACGGCAAAGCAGCAGACAAUGCGAAACGGGAAAAGGCCAUGGCUGCCGUACCGAUUCAACUACUCGCGAGGCCCAUGGAGAAGAUUAUCCUCCAUUCACCGACAAAGACACUUCGCUUGCGUGUCCUCAAGUCCUUCUUUGAUAAUGAGCGGUUGGCAGCCUUUGGGUAUGAAGCACCAGGUGAGUCAGACGAUGACAUGGACGCGCAUCAACACGACGAGCACUGUGAUCACUCAAAAGACGUCGAUAGCGACAACGACAGCGAUUCAUCCUUUCAUGGCUUUGAUUGACCACGUAUUUGACUUGUAACAGCAUCUAGCAU